AUGCCGCCACUCCUCGCUCCGUCGCACGAGUGUGGAUUCCUGGUCGUCGCCCCGAGGAUGGCGAAGACGAGAGACGAGCGGCGGGCGGACGGAAGUGGGCGGGAGCUGGGCGCUGUGCGGAAUGACGUCUCCCGCCACUGGGGCGGCGCUUAUGAAUAUGCUUGCUUUUUUAAUCCCAACCCACCCCUCCCCACGCCGCCGGUUUGGGGCUUCAUUGUGAGCAUUUGUGACGGGCCCAAUUGCGCGCACGCCGUUGUGCCACAGCGGAUGAACGUGGGCGCUGGAGGCGCCGCCCAGAGCCCCGUUGGGGUUGUCCACUGGCCGUCAGCGGCGGCUCACCGGCAUGGUGCACGAAAGACCCGCCCACAGUGCCACCAGUGGGCGGUGCGCAGGAGCACAACUUUGUAG